AAGGGGAGAGCUGGUAAAAGAGGGAAGAGCUAUGAAAAAGAGAGGGAGAAGGUGAAAUAACAGUACGACAGAGGAGAGACAAAACAAAGAGGAGAGGAAGGAUGAGCAGAGGAGAGAGUGCAGAUCAGUAACAUCUCCAGAGAGGGUAGAAAGAGAGGAGAAUGAGGAGAUGAGCAGGAAGAGGGGGUUGAGCAGCCAGCACAGAGAGCAUCCAUCAGCUUAGGCAGCCAUGCUUUGAGCCCUGGAGCAGCAAGGCUACGCAGACACGGCACAGGCCCAGCAUUAGGCCCAGCUCAGCCCUCCGUCCCGGGCCACAAACAUCCGGCAGGGACAAAAGAAGAUUCCACACAUCCCAGCAUCGCACAAGAGCCAUGAGGACGGCUAGGAAAGGAAGCGUGGAGAUGCCUGCAUUUGUGCGUCAGCUGGUGAAAGAGACAGAGAAGAGGGUCAGCUCUUUCUUCAAAGGAGGCCGCGGAGGAGCAGGAGAAGGAGAGCAGCCAGGGGAUGGAGAAGGAGAGGAGGUCAUCCCCAGCCCCUACCUGGACCGUCCUGUCCUAGACAAGCUCACUGAGGAAGGAUGUUCCCGCUGGGGCCUCACCUAUGCCCUGGGCAGCAUGCAGGGCUGGAGGGCCAACAUGGAGGACUUCCAUAACUGUGUGCCACAGCUGGGUGGCGAGCUGGCCAACUGGAGCUUCUUUGCUGUGUUUGAUGGACAUGCGGGCAGUAGCGUGGCACAGUACUGCUCCCAGCAGCUUCUGAGUCAGAUCCUGUCCACAGGUGGAAUGGGACCAGAGGACGACCCAGAGAGGGUGAGAGGAGGUAUAAUAGAGGGUUUCCUGCAGACAGACAAACACCUACAUACUGUGGCGCGUCGAGAAGGCUGGGAAAGAGGCGGCACCACCGUGGUGGCCACUCUCAUCUCACCAUGUUACAUCUACUUUGCCAACUGUGGCGACUCCAGGGCCAUGCUGUGCCGGUCUGGGCAGGUUUGCUUCUCCACUGAAGACCACAAACCAUACAGCCCGCUGGAGAGAGAGCGCAUCGAGAGUGCAGGCGGCUCGGUGUCCCUCCAGCGGAUCAAUGGCUCCCUGGCUGUGUCCCGCGCCCUGGGGGACUUCAGCUACAAGGGUGCAGAGAACCGGUCACCCAGCCAGCAGAUGGUCUCGCCGGAGCCAGAGGUGUGUGUGGUGGAGCGCUCACCCGCGGAUGAGUUCUUGGUGCUGGCUUGUGAUGGGGUGUGGGACACCAUCACCAACGAGGAGCUGUGUGCCUUCAUCCGCAGUCGGCUGCGCGUCUGCACUGACCUGAGGGAUGUCUGCUCUCAGGUCAUUGACCUCUGCCUCUAUAAGGGCAGCUUGGACAACAUCAGCAUCAUCCUGCUGUGCUUCCCUGGUGCCCCCCAGCUGUCAGCAGAGGCAUUACACCAGGAGGCCGAGCUGGAGGACCUGCUGGAGUCCAAAGUAGCAGAGAUUUAUGAGGAGCUGUGUGCCAGAGGGGAGGAGCCUGACCUGCUGUCUGUCCUCACAGUCCUGGCAUCCACUGUCAUCCCUGGAUUACCUCCAGGUGGAGGCAUACAGAGCAAAAGAAACUGCAUCAUUUCUGCUUACUAUCAGCAAAGAGAGACACACAAGCCCACACUACCCAAUGGUUUCGAAGGAUCCUGAGAAGCCCGACCAGGAUGACGGCUCAUAAUUAACAUCAAUAUUAAAACAGUUUUCUUCUUGUGUGGAAUCUGACAAAAAGGGAAGUGAUGAAGAGAGACUGACAGGAGGCUUGCCUCCCAUCUUGCUAGCAAGGAAUAUUUUGACAUAAAAAAAAAAAAAAAAAACGCAAUGCAAAAGAGUUUUAAAGCCUGAUAUGUUUUAUAUUUAUAAGGAGGACAUUUUGUAAAACUCGCUCAGAAACACUGACCCAGCAACAACCCUCUGCCUCAUAUUUAAAGAAUGGAGAGACAUGGAUAAUUUCCAUCGAUAUCAGCCUACUGGAAAACCGAUGAUUGAGCAAACUAUUGUGAAAUUGUACAUCUUGUUAGGUAUAGUGUUGUAUAAAGACAGGAGAUAAAAUAAGGAAUUUACUAUGUGGGGUUAUAUUUCAAGUUGAUUAAGAUUAGAGUUUAACAAUUAAGGUUUUAAUUUUUGUCUGCUAUCUUUCCUCACCAGGGAGAGCAUGUUGAAAACAACUAGAUUACAGUGUACAUUUGGUUCAACAGGGAAUGCUAUGUGGGUUAGCUGGUAAGAAUGUAGAAAAUUGUCUUUUACUCCUGAAGGCUGAAGAAACAAGGUGUUUCUUUCAGGUGAAGAAACACUACAGAGUAAAAUUUAAACUGUAAAACUGCAAAACAUCACCAGUCUUUGUCCCACUUAUUUAAUCUGGUUUCCCAAAAUGCAACAAAAUACAAUUCACACAUACUUCGGAAAAUGUUUGGAGAUAAGUUUCAGAAUAUAGUCCUACAAAAACUGGUCAAAAAAAUGUAUGUGCAGCUUUCUUGUACAUGACAUUGAUUCAAACUAUAUUUUGGACACUGGAAAUACAUUGUUUUUAGGCACUGUUUACAACAUCUGCAAGUCUAUCCAAAAUAUGUUUUUUGAUGAAUAAAUAUAUUUCAAAUGAAUGAUCUGCAUGUACAGAUUUUGUGCCAUUUUUUCCAACACACUGUAUCACUAAACACUCUAUAGUAUAUGUGAGAUGUAUUUUUCCCCUGUGGGCUGGAUGAUGUGUACUGUGCUGCCUUACCUAUCUUUUUCAAAGUAGUUUGAAUACAUUGUGAACAGAUCAUAAUGUAAAUAAAGAACAUGGAAUGAGCGGGUCGGAAAAUUUAUCAGCAUCUUACUGCAGUGUUGUAUGAUUUCAAUGAGUAAUCUCCUUACAGUCUGUGUAUAGACAUUACAUGUGAAGAGUCAUGAUUGUUUUGAACCUAAAUAAAGAUUAUUUGACUCACUA